AUGAAGUUUGAAGAAAAGCAUGAGGACAAUGGGAGCCUUGUAGGAUGGAGUCAGCCAUACCCGGGUGAGAAGCAUCACGCAAAUGGGAAACCAGUAGCAAAUGGGAAGGCUGAGGUCUGUGUAAAGCCGGAGACAAAUGGGAAACAUGACGUGCACAGGAAAAGCCUCAACAUGUACACCUGGCAGGAGAUCCAGAGACACAAUCAGGAGGCUGACCAGUGGCUGGUAAUCAACCGCAAGGUUUACGAUGUUACCAGCUGGGCCGACAGACAUCCAGGUGGGCGCCGGGUCCUCAACCACUAUGCUGGGGAAGAUGCCACGGAUGCCUUCAGGGCCAUGCACCUGGAUCUUGAUAUUGUGAAGUUGUACCUUAAGCCACUGCUCAUUGGAGAGCUUGCCCCAGGAGAGCCCAGCCAGGAGAGAAACAAAAAUCCCCACUUGGUGGAAGAUUUCCAAGAACUGCGGAGGACGGUAGAGGCUAUGAACAUGUUCGAUGCCAGCCUGGGUUUCUUCUUCCUUCAUCUUGCCCAGAUCUUGAUUUUGGAAGUCCUGGCUUGGCUGAUUCUGUGUUAUUUUGGCAGUGGCUGGCCUGCUACAAUAUUCAUUUCCUUUCUUCUCACAAUUUCUCAGGCUCAGAGUUCAUUUUUGCAGCAUGACACGGGACACCUUUCCAUAUUUAAGAAGUCCAAGUGGAACCAUCUAAUGCACAAAUUUGUGAUGUGCCAUCUCAAGGGUCUGUCAGCAAACUGGUGGAAUUACCGGCACUUCCAACAUCAUGUAAAACCAAACAUCUAUCCCAAAGACCCUGACAUUGACAUGGGCCCACUUUUUCUGCUUGGAGAUUCUCAACCUGUCAAGUAUGGCAAGAAGAAAAUCAAAUACAUCGAUUAUGAAAAGCAGCACCUGUACUUCUACAUGGUUGGGCUCCCCCUCCUCAUGCCUGUAUAUUUUAACCUGCAAUCCAUGCAAGUGAUGUACCUUCGAAGGUAUUGGGGGGACAUUGCGUGGGUCAGCAGCUUUUACAUCCGAUAUUUUAUCACAUUUGGCCCCUUCUAUGGAAUCUUUGGAACUGUGCUGCUCAUAUAUUUGGUCAAGUUUCUUGAAAGUCCCUGGAUUGCAUAUGUUACCCAGAUGAGCCACAUACCAAUGAAAAUGAGCACAGAGGAGAACCGGGACUGGCUCAGCACUCAGGUCUUGGCCACCUGUAAUAUUGAACAGUCCUUUUUCAAUGACUGGUUCACUGGGCACCUGAACUUCCAAAUUGAGCACCAUCUAUUCCCCACAAUGCCGCGCCAUAAUUAUCACAAGGUGGCACCUCUGGUGAGGUCACUGUGUGCCAAGCACGGAUUGCAGUAUGUGAAUAAGCCCAUGUUGAAGGCGUUUGGAGAUAUCGUCAGGGCCUUGAAGAAAUCUGCAGCCCUCUGGAUGGAUGCUUACUACGAAAUAUGA